AGGGGGAGGCUGUUUCUCCACACUACCCAUUAUAAAAAGGGAGACUUACAGCGAUUUAACGACACUCUCACCUCUCACGCACCCAAAUACACACGCGUACGCACACCUCGCCUGUGCCUCCACAAGCCACUGGUCAGAAUGACUUUCAACGGAACAUGGAAAGUGGACCGCAGUGAGAACUAUGACAAGUUUAUGGAGCAGAUGGGUGUUAAUGUGGUGAAAAGGAAGCUUGCUGCCCAUGAUAACCUGAAGAUCACACUGGAGCAGACCGGCGAUAAGUUCCAUGUGAAGGAGAGCAGCACCUUUCGCACUCUGGAGAUCGACUUCACCCUGGGAGUGGCUUUUGAAUACACUCUCGCCGACGGUACCGAGAUGCAGGGCUCCUGGGUCAUGGAGGGUGACAUGCUGAAGGGAACCUUCACCCGGAAGGACAACGGCAAAGUCCUGACCACCACAAGGACCAUCGUGGGCGGUGAGCUGGUCCAGAGCUACAACUACGAGGGAGUAGACGCUAAGAGGAUUUUUAAGAAGGAGUAAAGGAAAAAACCAAACCCAAACUCUGCCAGCGACGCAGUACAGGAACCACGAGUUAUAUCAGCCCGACUGAGACGAGCUCAGCCCAUCGAGGGCUCACGCUUGAGAAGAGUUUAGCCUGAAAUGUGAAGAUUGUGUUGGUCUGGACUUAGUCUGGCAGAUAUCAUUGGCAUCAAACAGCUCAGUCGUUUACACAACACGUCUGUAAAACAGAAUCCAUUUGCACUGAGAGUUUUCAUAUUUAAAGAAAUAAAGACAUUUCCGAGAAAUGAAAAAAACUG